CAACAAUGAUGUUUACUUUAUGAGAAAAUUACCGGAAAGUGAUAUCAGGCAGGCAGGUAAUAAAUUAACGGAAUUUGAACUUUACACCUAAUAGUGCAUAAAAUAACGUCAUCCACUAAUAAAGAUAAGAUUGCAUUCAAUCACCUGAGCACUAAAGGUAAGAUUUAUUGAAUGUUUUAAGCGAAUCUUCUGGAACUACUAAGUAUAAAAAUGAUUCAGUUAAAUUGGCCUGCUCUUGGUUUCACAAUUUUGCCCAACUUGGGAGGAAUUGCUGGUGGCUUUAUAACCAGGAAGAGUAUUAAUCCAUGGUACGAAAAUCUGAAGAAACCAAAAUGCAGACCACCAAAUUGGGCAUUUGGCCCUGUUUGGACAACUUUGUACAGUGGAAUGGGGUAUGCUUCAUAUCUUGUGUACAGAGACGGGGGCGGAUUUCAGGGACCCGCCAAAUUACCAUUAAUUGUCUACGGGGUUAAUCUCGCAGCUAAUUGGGCAUGGACUCCAAUUUUCUUUGGAAAGAAGGAUCUACAGCUGGCUCUUAUUGAGAUUCAGCUAAUAAACGGCACUGCCUUGGGUAUGGUAUACCUUUUCCACAAGAUCAACCCUACAGCUGGCUACCUUAUCGUACCAUAUUGCAUCUGGUUAGGUUUGGCCACAGCGCUAAACUACUGCAUUUGGAGAGACAACAAAACCACUCCAGCUAUAACUGAAGCUAAAGCCGAAGCUAAAGAACAAUAAAGAAUAAAUGACAGUAGUACAAUGAUGCAUGUUUAAGGGGAGGUAUGGUUUGAAAUCAACAUUUCAAGCACAGUUUUGUGAUUUUUUUUAAACUAUGGUACAACUAUUUUAUUUUUAAAUUAAAUAAUCAUAUUAAGUACAAUUAAAAAAAAUGUCAAGGAAAAAUACUGAAAAAUAAGCCAACGGUGGCAAAUUUUUACAGACACCUAAAAAAUUGGAUUUUUCGGUGGACAUCACAACUCGUCACAGGAUCAUGUGAAAUAAAAAAUUCAAAAAGAUUUUAUUAGUUUAUGAGUUUCUUGAGGUAAGUAACGCUUUUAAGUUUUUUUAUUUUUGACGAUUUUUGAGUUUUUGGUAUUACUCGGAAGUCAAAAAAGCAAAAUUAUUUGUAACAAAAGGGUGAAAAUCAACAUAUUUAUUAUUGUUAAACAAAAAAUUGGCAUAAAACCAAAUAUGCUCGACAGCGUUACCUCACGAAAUGUCCAAAGAAAAUAUUUGCAAAAUUUCAGGUGGAUCGGAAGAGUACAGUACAACCUGCCAUAUCCGGACGGUUCUGCACCGUCCGGAUCUACCGAAAUCUACCGAGAAAAGCAGUCCUGCUGUUGGACAACGCACUAAAAGAAGAACUAAAAGAUGGCGAAAUAAUGUAUUAAUAGAAUCUAUAAAACGUGUCUAUCGACGAAAGUUAUUGACGGCGUUGAUUACUGGAAUGUAUGAAGGAGAAAACGUUUCAGAGACUGUAAAAGAAGUAGUGGUUUUGAUAUCCGGAUUUUUUCAUAUCCGGAUCGGUCUGUCGCCACAUUGAUUGUGGUUGUUUGACUGUAGUUUGUGAGUUACAAUGUCCACCACCUUUGAAAGUGAAGUUUUGAGAAAAACUCGUUUAAAGUUUUGACAACUUUUAUUUUCAAUUUCUUUUUGUCUGUCAAAUAGUAAAGUGACGCGCACCGGAAUAUGUUUUUUGAAUCGCGAAGUAAUCUACAAAAGAGAAGGGGAACAGUUGUUGAACGUUUCUCGCUACACUCAAGCGUGCUGGCGCAAAACCGCGGCAAAGCGAGUCGAAGGUACGGAUAUUCAACAUGCUGUAUCUCUGGUAAUUUUACUCCGAGCAAUCUGAAAUUUUCAGAGAAUAUUCUUGUAGUUAUGCACUUAUAUUUACAAUAAUAAAGAAAAUCGAAAAUUUCAAACCAUGCCCUCCCCCCCUAAUGCGCUUUUUAUAGCAAUAUGUCGAGAACUGACAAGGUUUUUUGUUUAUGUUUUAAGUAAAUUGCUUAAUUGUUAGUUUUUAUGUUUAUACACAAAACAAAAUUACCGUUUUCAAAAAGAUUGGCAGUUAUGUGUAAGAAGUUUAUUCAGGCAGUCAUAGAUUGUUCAUGAUUUUUUAAAUAUCUAUCAAAUAUAGGAAAUAUGUCUACUAAUAAUACUGGCUAUACCUUUGGUUUUUUUAUUGCUGAUUAUUCGCUUUCUUUAAUGUUAUUUAUUUCUAUAAAAAGGUUUUGAUAAAGUUUUUCUUGAAAUACAAUUUUUAGAGUAUGGUAAUCAUUUUGGGAAAUUUAUAGAUUUUUCUGUAUACAAAUUUAGGAAAAGCGGUGUUAAAAUAUAUUCCUGUUAUAUAGUUACGAACGUAUAGUAUAUGUAGUUUCAAAAUUGUAGGUACUAAAUUGUCAGAAAUUUGUAUGGUUUACCGUGAUGAUAUUCUUGCCAGAUUGUUAUUUUUUUUAAUAAUCUGUAUUUUAAAUAGUCAGAUAAAAACGACUUAAUGAUAUCUCUCAAUUAAUAUUCAAUAGCGUACCGAUCAUUCUUUUAGUUAAAAGUUAAUAAUCAAAUGAAAACAAUCUUGAUAAAGUGGUUUGACGUCUUCAGGACGACAAAAUAAUCAUUAUUGCUUAAAUAAUACUCGUGGGAUGAUGAAUAACUAUGGAAAUCACUAGUAUCUACGUUGAUGAUAAUAACGAAUUGACCGUACAACCAUACAUUCCUACACAUGCAAUUUGCUUCAUUAGUAAUUCAUGUCAUUUUUUAGAAGUCGAAAAGGCAACCAAAUUGAACAACGAUAUUUAUUGCGACUGCUCUGGCCAAUUAUAUUCCCAAACUAUAAUUAUUGUCAACCGUUUCGAUAUUCGCUGUGUGCAAGUACUUAAAGGGGAUACGAGAAACGAUCGUGCGCAAGUAGCGGAGAAAUCUUGCAACUUUCUUAGCAUAUUUCAUAAAUUAAUUGUCAAAUUUACGUAUAUUUCAUACCUACUAUCAUUGAAGAAAAUUUUAAAAAUUAUAUGUUCCUCCACAAUAUUUAUAGGCUAUUGAUUAUGUAUUUUAGAAAGGAACUACAACGUUAACCAUUUAAAGGGGUGCGUUUUUGAGAAAGGGGUGCAUUAGUCCCUAGGCACAGGGCGAAUUAGGGUGAGUUCUAUGCACUUUUGGUGCAAACACGUCUACAGAAAGAUUGUUCCAGGUUAAAUUUACUAUCGAAAUGUCAUAUUUUUAAGUCAAAAAUAUUUUUUCUUUACAAAAAUAUAUUCAAAAGAAAAGCAAGAACAAAACACGAAAGAUAGCAAUUUUGUUUUUAGCCCUAUAACUUUUUUCUAGGGGGAUACAGGUAUAGGCAUUGCUUCACAGAACAAAAAACUUCCAUCUUUCCUCUUUAAAAUGACUUUAGUAGUAAUCUCUAUGAUUUAUAGUUUCCAUAAUAUGAUGUUUCAAAUUUCGCCACUCACAGCGAUUUUGGCCCAUUUUUUUUUUGUUACUUCUCAAACAUUGUUCUGUAACUUUUUUCUACACAGCUUUAGGUAUAUGCAAUGUUACAUUUAAUGGGAAGAAAGGUCAAUUACCUUUAAAAUGGUCGAUUGUGGAAGGCUGUAUAAUUAUUGUUAAGCAAGAUAUGGUUGUUCAAAUUUUAUACUUUUAGUGAUUUUUGAUAUGUAUAUAAUUAUUUUUAAAUUUCUCAUAACUUUUUUUAUUGUAUCUUUAGGUAUAUACAUUGUCUAAUAAUAAGGAAAGCUUAUUUUCUUUACUUAAAAUGGUGUAUCGUAAAAAAUUCUAGAACUAUUUUUAAACAAGAUAUGCUUUUUCAAAAUGUGACAUAAUAUUCACAUGCAAUAGGUCCCACUAAGUUCCAUAUGGAAAACUUUUAUUAUUACCUUUAUGAAAAAAAUUAUUCUUUAUAAAAUGCUCUGCAUAGUCUAAAAUGUAAGAUGCAAUCAUCAGAUAUAAAAUUUUAUCAAUAGUGUACGAGGUCUGUUAAAAAAUAUGAAUUUAGCUGAAGAGUAAAGUACCUUUAUAUUUCACAAUAUCGAAAAGUGUUAUUAAGAAAAGAUAUUUGUUAUUAAAAAUUAUGUUAUAUUAUGCAAUUAUAUUCUUCUAAUUGAAAAAAAUAAAUUAAAAGAAUAUAUAAUUUUUCUCAAAUUACGGAUACUCUUGUAUAUUUUUUGCAAUACUCCUUUUUAAAGUAGAGAAAAUUAUCUUUUUUAUUCCACAAUGUAUAUACCUAAAUAUACAAGAAAAAAGGCAUAAUGAGAAAUUUAAAAAAUAAUCAUUAAAAAUAUCAAAAAUCAUUAAAAGUAUAAAACCUUGAAAAAGCAUAACUUGCUUAAAAAGAGCCGUAUAGUCUUAUACAAUAGAUCAUUUUAAAAAUAAUUGGCUUCUCUUUCUACUAAAUGUACAAUUGCAUAUACAUACCUAGAAAUGCGUAGAAAAAAGUUACAGAACAAUGUUUGCGAAAUAAUGUGGAAAAUGGCCCAAAAAUGCUGUGAGUGGCGAACUUUGAAAAAUCAUAUUUCAGAAACUGUAAAUCCUGGAGACUUUUAACAAACUUCAUUUUAAAGAGAAAGAAUGGAAGUUUUUUUCGCUGAAGCAAUGCCUAUACCUAUAUCCCUGUGGACAAAAGUUAUGGGGCAAAAAAACAAAAUUUCUUUCUUUCGGGAUUUUUUCUUGCUUUUCUUUUAAAUAUAUUUUUGUAAAAAAAAAAAUUUGACUUUAAAAUGUAUUAUUUAGAUAGUAAAUUUAACCUGGAACAAUUUUCCUGUAGACGUGUUUGUACCAAAAGUGCAUAGAACUCACCCUAAUUCAACCUGUGUCUAGGGACUAAUUCACUUCUUUCUCAAAAACGCACCCAUUUAAAUGGUAGCACUCCGCGAUUUUUUCAAAUUUAGAGGUCCAUUGACCAUAUGAGACAAUAAAAUCCCGUUAACGUUGUAGUUCCUUUUAGCUCUCUUAUUUUGAACAUAAUCAAUAGCAAUGUGAUAUGCAAUUAUUAAGAAAAUUUAGUUGAUUGUAUUGUACUUGUAGUAUUGCAUUUUAAUAAUUAAUUUUAUUUACUACAUACACAUUCUAUGUUUACUUUUUAAUAACAUAACCUCAAUCUUACUUUUUCUUUUUAUUCUUUUUUGUGGGCUAUGGCCUUGAUAAUUAUCCAGCAACCAGGAAUAACAUAACUGGCCAAUGUAAUUAAAAGUGCUACAAAUGUUGCUGAGCUAUGAAACCAGGUGUCGCUCUUCCGAACUUGCACGGUCCCAAUAGGAAUAAAAUAAUUGCAUGUCCACUGCACUGAUUUUUGUUAACCUUCGGUCGGGCGCAUCAAAUCUGUGAGAUUAAAUCGCUGGUACCUAUGAUUAAUGUGAUUCCUAAUACAUUUCCAGUGAAAAUAAUAACUCUUUGAUAAGUGUUGGCGAUACAAUUCUUUUUUAUAUGCGUGUCCGCGAAGAUUAUAACUCCCAAGAUAUUUAUAACGAAACGAUGUAGUUCAUAAUAGAUGCCGACGAAAACAAUUAUUUCCCUUUCUGUUUCUACCGACGAAACAAUUAUUUCUGAGAACUUUUUAGUAAUUAUAAUUUUCGUGGACCCAAAAACAAAAAUGAUGUUUUUUGCUGAUACUCCUCAAAAAAUAAUUUUUUUCGCUAGCACUUUAUUAGGGAUUAUAAUUUUCACAAUCAUAUAAUCGAAAAUAAUAUUUUUCGCGGCGCGUUCAUUGAAAGUUCUACUCUUACCGGCAUUUUUCGGAGUUAUACUUUUCGUAUGCGGCGGCGAAAUACUUAGAUAUUUGGUGUGCCUACGGGUGGCGUUUUUCUUUGAUGAUUAAAUAACUUGUUUUUUUGUUAAUUAUUUAUGUGAUUGUUUAAAAAUGUUAGCUGAAAAUAAAAAAUAACCAUUUUUAAUUGAAUAGUAGAGUUUGUUAAUUUUUGUUUUUAAGUUUAGGCAGAAAUUUAUUUUUAAUCUCAUAGAUGAAAUGCGCCCGAACGUGUUCAGAUUUUAUUGCGCCCGACCGAAAGUAGUUAAUAUUUAAGGUUUGUUCCAACUCGAUACAAAACCGUUCUUGAAUCGUUAUGCGCAUGCGCAAUAACGAAUAAUUAUGCGUAGUAACACAUUUAUCGUUACUGCGCAUACUCGUAACCGUUCAAAAAUGGUUUUGUAUGGAGUUGGAACAAACCUUUAGUUGUUCUUCCAUUGGAAAAUGUCGCUGUCAUUUCUGAGAACGUACUGACUACAAUUCUGAAACUAUACUUUAAUACGUCUUUUACGUUAUUUGGUGGAGAAAUGAAUUUAUUGACAGUCGAAAGAUGCAACUAUAACCCCGAAAUACAUACAAAAUUUUAAGUUUUAUAUGUAUACACGUCUAUACAUUACAAAUACUGUUGGAUAGUACCUGUAUUUAAUGAAAAUUUAUUUAACUUCAAUCGAAUACUAUGUAUCAUUUGUCACAUCUACAGUGUUCAAUUGCACAAAAAGACUUAUUUUGAUAAUGUUAUUACUAGUUCAAAUUUUAUGGUUUUUUAUUUGCUAUAUAAAUUUUAUUAAACAUUUAACAUUU